GUCACUUCCGCCACAGAGCAGCCAGCUUCGAGUUCGGGGGGAAAAUGGCGACCGCGCAGUUAACGGACGAGGAGCUUUCCUCCGAGUUAAAGCGACUCGGAUUCUCCCCUGGGCCAGUCACGGAGAGCACCCGUCCGGUGUACCUGAAGAAGUUGAAAAAGCUCCGCGACGAGCAGCAGCAUCGAGGUUCUCGCCCGGGGAAAACGCGCAACAGCGGCGCCAUCAACAACAACAGUAGCGGCGGCGGCGGCAACACAGCGGUGGCGGCUGCGGGAUCCGGAGCCGCCAGGCCGGCGAACAAUGACGUCACGUACCUGAGCAACACCCGGGGCGCCAGUGGUGGUCGCCCGGUUUUGAACGACAAGCGGGUGGCAAGCGGCGGGGGAGGAGCAGGGGGGAAGUUCGUGCUGGGCUUCAGCUCCGACGAGUCGGACGCAGAAACACCCCAGAGGAGGCGAGGAGGCCCUGGCCACGGCAGCGGGAGAGACCGAGGCUCGUCCGGGUACAGCCAGCAGCUAGCGCCGAACAGGCCCACCGGGACACCCGCCACGGCCCAGAAGAACCACGGUGGGGUCGCUCACAGUAACAACUCUUCUCCGGGUGUGGAUGGUAGGAGGAGGACUGGGUCUGUGGGGUGGGGGGACCGGGCGAUACCGGGCCGCUCUUGGGUGUCGCAGCGCACCGAGACUGGGGGGAGGGGUUACGAGGAGCCGGGAGAGGAGGACGAUAUUGAGGGGGAAGAGGGGAACGAUUCACGGUCUCUAAAUGGCAGCCGGACGUCUUACUUGAACACCAGUAAGCUCGCCGGGGAUUACUCUGACUCGGACGAGGAGGACGACGAAGGCCUGUCUGCGCUAGACCGACAGCGCGACCGACGUCUGGCCUCCAGACGGAGUCACCCGAAAGCCGCGUCACCUCCUCACACUAAUGCCAGGGGGUCGGAAAGUCUCCAGGAAAAGACGAGAGGCGCAAUCAGAGCAAAUGAGAAGCCUGGCGCUAGUAGUCUAGACAUGUUGGGCUACAGGGGGGAGGGAGGGGACGAGGACGGGAAGCCGAGAGGCCCGGGAGAGUCUGCCCUGACUGGUGGCCUGCUCAACCGCAGUUUCCCCAGGCGAUCUAUCUAUGUGUCGCUCGCCGGGGACCAGGCGGGGGCCCCUACCAAAGACGGCUCCCCCUCCACCUACAGCAGCAAAAACUACGAGGACGGGAACUCCUCUCCCGGCGGGGGCAGCCGGUUCAGCAUCGGCCUGCGACCGCGGUUCUCCAACUACAGCACCCUGUCCCGGACCUACCGGCCCGUCAACUCCAACCACACGCUCCAUGGCUACGGCCAGGACCCGAAUAAGCACAAGCACUCCGUACCGGAGGACGAGCUGCUCCAGCAGUUCAAGCGGGACGGCGUGUCGUCUUCCGGGGGCUUCAGCGCACACUACCUGUCCAUGUUCCUGCUGACCGCGGCGUGCCUCUUCUUUCUGCUGCUGGGCUUCAUGUACCUGAGGAUGCGGGGUGCCGGGGCCACCGAUGCGGAUGUCGUUAUCAGACCCCACCCCUUCGGAAGUGAUUUUGACCGCAUCGAUCCGAGGACUCAGGACAUCAUCCUGAAGCUUCUGCUGGAGCUCCACGUCCACCUCGCACGCGUCGCCGGCGAACAUGACUGCGGGGACCUGGACCAUCACCCCAACAGAAGCCUGACCAUGGAUGAAACCGCGCUCUACUUGGAGGGUCAGAACCAAGACUUCAAGGACCAUAUCUAUACUUCCCUGAAGUGGAUCCUGAGUGCCGGAGACGAUGUUGGCAUAAGACUGUUGGGAGAGGACCCCGAGGAGCCCGUGACGGAGGUGGGGCAAGUCCUCAGGCUGGAGUCCACCCACCCCAAGAUGUCCUUCCUGUGUCGCUUCCGCCGAGCCUUCUUCACCGUCAUCAACCGGGUGCUGCUCAUCAUCGCAGUGAUCGCCUUGGUGCUGGGCCUGAUCUACUACAUGAAGUACCGCUGGCGAAGAGAGGAGGACCAGAGCCGGCAGAUGUACGACAUGGUGGCGAGAAUCAUCGACGUGCUGCAGAGCCACAACGAGGCGUGCCAAGACAACAAGGACCUGCAGCCCUACCUCCCCAUCCCCCACGUGCGCGACUCCCUGGUCCAGCCGCCAGAUCGGGAGAAGAUGAAGAAGGUGUGGGACCGAGCGGUGAAGUUCCUGAAGGCCAACGAGUCGAGGAUCCGCGAGGAGCCCCAGCUGAUCAACGGAGCUAACUUCACGGUGUGGCGCUGGCUCCAGCCCGCGCUGGGUUGCGACCGGCUGUCCCAGAUCCCCUCCAAGGUCUGGCAGGGUAAAGCGUUCCCGCUGGACAGAAGGAACUCUCCUCCCAACAGCCUCACACCCUGCCUGAAGAUCAGGAGCAUGUUCGACCCCGUCAUGGAGGUGGGGGAGAAUUGGCACCUGGCCAUCCACGAAGCCAUCCUGGAGAAGUGCAACGACAACGACGGGAUCGUCCACAUCGCAGUGGACAAGAAUUCCCGCGAGGGCUGCGUCUAUGUUAAGUGUCUCUCCGCUGAGCACUCGGGGAAAGCCUUUAAAGCCCUUCACGGCUCCUGGUUCGACGGGAAGCUGGUGACGGUGAAGUACCUGCGCCUGGACCGCUACCACCAGCGCUUCCCUCAAGCGGAGGGCUGCCUGGUGCCUCUCCGGCCCUCCGGAGGCCCCGCCGGCGCCUCGCCGCGCCACCACAGCCGCGCCUCCACCUCCUCCCUCAUCUCCCCCGAGGAGCAGGAGAGGGGGAGGGAGAGGGAGAGAACGCUGUCCCCCUGAUGUAACAUUAGAACCUUACGCCCCCCCCCUCCCUCCCUCCCUCCCUCCUCCCCCUAUUCACCGCCUCCCCCCUCCUCUCCCUCCCUCCCUACCCUCCCUUCUCCCUCCCACCUCCACCCAAAGGGCUCACGAUGUGACACCCCUCACGUCCUUCCUUCACUCCUCCCUAUUAAAGCUGCAGAGGUUUAAAAGAUGGGUGUCAUGGUGUUUUGGGGGACGGGGGACGAGGGGAGGCAUACUGUCCAUUUUUGUGGGAGCGCUCUUUUAUCGACUUUCCGAGGGGGAGGUUGUUUUUUUUGUGUGUGGUUGUUCGUUGUUUUUUUGUCGAUAAAGCAGCAUUUUUUUGAAGCCGUCGAACUCCCAACUGUAAAAUCGACCAGUGUGUCUCGACGGAAGGGGGCGGCGGCCUGGCUCUGCAUGAGGAAGCCGCUGAUUGGCUGUUGUCGACGGUAUAGUGGGCGCUAUUAACAUAUUUUUUUUAUUUUAUGUAUUUUUUUUUUUUUUAUGGUUUUCUUCGUUGGAUUUCUCUAGUUUUCUAUCGCUCGAGCGAGGGAAAGGGAGGGGCCGGGCUGAUGUACAUAACACAUGCAUGGUGGGGGCGAUGGUAGCUUUGUCUGUUGGACUUUGUCUGUGUUGAAGCGGUUUGUUUGUUAUUGUUUAAUAGCUCUUCCUUGCUGCCCCGAUAUUCAGAACCGACUGCAUCUGUAUCCAGAGGCAAACGGGCUACUGAAAGCUGCUUUGAUACCCGAACCCUUUGGCAAAGACAAAAAUAGUUAUUAGCACCGACCAUACUUCAGGCUUGCUUUCUUAAAAAAAAAAUGUAUUCCAUACCAUAUGUGGACAUUCCCCCCGUUUAUCAGCCUUCAUCACCCUCCAUUCCCCCUAAAAGUGUAUUUUGACAUAUUUUUGUAGUGUGUGUGUAUAUACGUUCCAAGUUAUUUUCCUUUUACUCAUCUAGUCUAUUUCCGUCUCCUCUCAGCAGACACUUUGGUGGAAGCGUUACAAAUAGUUUUUAUGAUUUCCAAGCAUCCAAAAAUCCACUUGAUUCAGCGGAUUCUCCCUCCUUUUCAUUCAGCAUAGUUCCGAGGUCUAGCGCGAGGGUCAUACCGAUAUUGUACGCGAUGGUUUCCACGAAGGCGUGCACAGUGUUUUACAUGAGAGCGUGCACGUGGAGCUAGCAGACGUGCGCGUGCCCUCGAUGCCAUUCCCACUUUAAACCGAACAAAACAAAAAUAGUCACGUUUUUGUUUCGAAAUUGACAUUGCCAUUAGUUUUAUAUUUCAAAUGUUUUUCGAGAACUAGGGCUUAUGACAUCCCCUCUCCCUUUCUGAUUGGUUGAAUGAAAGCAAGGACACAACCAACAGGUUUUUAAAUUGAAUAAUGGAGAAGACCUUUAGGAGUUACCUUUCAGCUACCUUUUUAGGAAGUAUGUACUGAGCUGAUGAACGAAUCUUCUUUUCUUUCAAGUGUACUCAGACUCACUCAGAUCAAAGGGGGCACCAUUCGAUUUGUGUUGUGCUUUGGAUGCAGUGUAAUUUAAAAAGUGGGACUCAGUAUUUGCAGUGAUAAUAAACAAAACAAAAAACGAUGUACAAACGAUGCACAUGUAAAACGUCACGAAGACGGCUGCAAAAGGACUCGCAGCAGACAACCUAACUGUGCCUUAACCUUGUGCUUAUUAAAAAUGUCUGGCAGUGCAUCCCAGGAGAGUGGUCUCGGACUCUCGGUUCAAUGAGGUGACGUCACUUUGACACAAUCGUUGUGAACGAUCAGGAUGUUUGGGUUACAUGGACACUAUUCAAUUCUGCAUCCUCAAUUUGGAUAUGAUGUCGGCUUUGCUCUUUCGUUUUUAUAAAAAGUGGAUGUGUGGGAUUUUAAACGACCGGGGGCGGGCAGGGGUGUAAUUCAGUGUUUCAUAUCGGCGGGGGGGGGGGGGGGGAUUCAAAUCUCGUUUUGGGCCGAGACUUAUCAAACUUUAAGACGACUGUCGCGAUUUGUACGAGAAGCAAAUAAAGUGAACAUUAAGAAUUGAGUCGGUUGUUUUGCUGUACUUGAGUGCGUCAUGGUGAUCUUUAUAUUUUUGUACAUCUCCUGCCUAUCGUUGGUCCACCUGCAGCUUACUUUUGUAUUUCAUAACCAUAGAGAUGUAAUGUACUUUUUUUUUUUGUGGGGGGGGGGGGGGGGGGCACUUCUCCAGGGCUGUGCUCGAAGCUACAUUCUUCAUCAAGUCAUUCAUCGGAUGUAUUUUAUGUAAACACUGUACAUUGAUAUAUAAAUAUAUGUAAUAUUAUAUGCAGCUUAAUUUCCAUCGUAUUGUUUCAAAUUACCAUUAUCCCUAACCUGCAAGCCUGUGCGGCCAGGGCAGUGUACAAUAAUAGGCAUUGAAAAUGAGUACAAUGUUUUAAUGUAAUUUGUCACUUGUAUUGUAAAAAUGGCUCAAAUUAAAGGUUUAUUAGGGGUUUUUAA